AUGUCGAGCAGCACUAUCUACGAUCUUGUCGGCGUUGGGUUCGGUCCCGCCAAUCUUGCUCUCUCGGGCGCUCUCAUUGACCAGUGGGAUGAUCCUUCUAAGGAUGUGCCACGCAAGAUUGUCUUCCUCGAGAGGCAGGACAGCUUCCGCUGGCAUCCUGGCAUGUUGCUUCCUCACGCGCGCAUGCAAAUAUCCUUCAUGAAAGACCUCGCCACCCUCCGUGACCCGCGCUCGCCCAUCACAUUCCUGAACUACCUGCACGCCCACAAUCGUCUCCUUCAGUUCAUCAACCGCGGCUCUAGCACUCCCUCGCGUCGCGAGUACGCAGACUACCUCGGCUGGGUCUCGAGAUACGUCCAGGAACGCGGCGUCGAGGCCCGCUUCUCUGCGGAGGUGGUGGCGCUGACUUCGAGCGAGGAUGGCUUGGCGGAGGUCACCUAUCGUGAUACGAAGACGGGAGAGACGUCUGUCGUUCGAGCCAAGAACCUCGUCAUCUCGCCGGGCGGGCGUGCCCGUAUCCCUGCCGCCCUCGCACCUAUCUUGCCACAUUCUCAGGUGAUCCACAGUUCGGUGUAUGCUACGUCAAUCGGGUCUAUUUUUUCUGGCCUGUCUGCCCGCUCGCAGCCGCUUCGUAUUGGCGUCAUCGGCGCCGGCCAGUCUGGCGCCGAAGUGCUCAUGGACUUGUACGAGCGCCUGGCGGACAUCUCGGCGGGCCCUACGGGCGCUCGCCAUCAACUCGACCUCAUCUUCCGCAAGGGAUCGCUCAAGCCCAGCGACGAUUCGCCUUUCGCGAACGAGAUCUUUGACCCUGCUAGCACGGACUUGAUGUUUGACUUGCCUUCUUCGCGCGCGCGCCGCCACGUUGUUGAGGAGUACAAGAACACCAACUACGGCGUCGCAAAUGCUCGUACCAUUGACAAUCUCUACGAGAUCAUGUACGCGCAAGGUGUAGAGGAGGACAUCGCUGCACGCGAGGGUGCCGCGUUGACCAAGCCCAACAUCACGCUGCACCCAUACACCGCCAUCGGCGCCGCCGUCUCCAACGGAGCCGACGUGCCCGUCGAGCUCACCCUGCAAGACGUUCUCACGCGCCACCCCGCCCGCCAAGCGUCCUACGACGCCAUCGUGUACGCUACCGGCUACGACCGCACCGGUUGGCUCGAAAUGCUGGCCGACUCCGGGCUUGGCGCGCACUUCGGUCUCGAGCGCAAGGUUCGUCCCCGCGACGUCGAGAUCGUGCCCGUGCAUGAGCGCACCGUACGGACGCCGGAGCCGCAAGUCAGCUCCGUGAGCUCGCCGCGCUCGUCGAGUCUGGGUUCUACCCCGUCAACUCCGCCCAGCGAGCUGGGCAUCUCGCUCGAGGAGCCUAUGGCUGGCAACAAGCUCUACGUCUCGCGCAGCUACCGCGUCUUGCCGGUGGACGACGCGCCUUCGCCCAGGGUGUACUUGCAAGGCUGCCUCGAGAGCACGCACGGCUUGAGCGAUACGCUGUUGAGCGUUAUGGGCGUGAAGGCGGGCGAGAUUGCGCAGGACUUGAUGCAGCACUAG